AUGUCUAUCAAGACCACAAUCCUGGCAGUUACUGCCCUCUUGUCUGCCGCCAACGCGCACAUCAAAAUUACGCAACCCGUCCCCUUCAGCAAGGAUACACUCGACACUUCCCCGGUCACGAAGCAGAAUUAUCCAUGCAAGAACGACAAUGGCUUCAAGAUUUCUACCAUGAACCAAAUGGCUGUAGGUACCAAGCAGACCCUAGCUUUCAGUGGGACAGCUGUUCAUGGUGGAGGUUCGUGCCAGUUGUCUGUCACGACCGACCCAGAGCCCAACGAGAACUCCGUGUUCAAGGUCAUCAAGUCCAUCGAGGGCGGCUGCCCUGGUGUUGACGGCGCAACAAAGGAAUACGACUUCGAGCUCCCUGCCAGCAUUCCUAACGGCAAGGCAACUUUUGCUUGGACUUGGAGCUCCAAGAUGUCAGGCGCCCCGGAACUCUACAUGAACUGUGCUCCCAUUGAGGUCACUGGUGGUGCUAGCGACAAGACCGAGUUCAUGACGUUGCCUGAUAUGCUUAAAUACAACGUUGGAGAGGGUUGCACAAGCGCGCAAAACUUCGCUACCAAGUUUCCCAACCCUGGCUCAGUAGUUGAGAAGGGUGCCGCCGACGAUCAGAAGCCUCCCACUGGCAGCUGUGGUUCUACUGGCAGUACUCCAGCCGAGCCUUCACCGCCAGCAGGUCAACCUUCACCGCCAGCAGGUCAACCUUCACCGCCAGCAGGUCAACCUUCAUCGCCAGCAGGUCAGCCAUCCGCUUCCGCUCCUCCUUCUCAGCCCACCCCUCCUGCCGGUGGUCAGUCGUCUGCUGCAGCUCCCCCAUCCGCGCCCUCGCCACCUCCUUCCAACCCAGGUGGUGUCUUCGCCCCUGGCGCUUCAGCUGCACCCACUCCAGCAACUUCGACCACCCUGGUCACCGUCACUGGGGCUCCCACACCAGCGAAGCCCACCGUCCCAGUCGGUACCGGUACACCAGCCCAGCCAACUCCCCCAUCUACUGGCGGUGGCUCUGCCCCUGGUGGCUCUGCUCCUGCCGCUCCUGGUGGCUCUGCCUCGACCUGCUCCACCAACGGCGCUGUCGUUUGCAACGGCGAGAAGCAGUUCGGCCUGUGCAACAACGGCAACGUGGUCUGGCAAGAGGUUGCCUCUGGCACCGCCUGUGUCAACGGCGUCAUCUCCAAGCGCUCCAUGCGUGUCGCUCGUCCUCGCUACAACCGCAAGGUCUAA